GCCACGGGUCUUGUUCCUACCCUACCUUAUAUUUUCUCUCAGUAAUGGCCGCUGGUGUUUCUAUUUGUUUACCGAUAAGUUACAUCAUUCAUGUCUAGGAUUGAUUGUUGUGAAAACACGAAAGUCGAGGCAGGCUGAUUUAAGGGGGAAGGUAUUUCAUUUGUGAGUUGAAACGGAACGUAGCAAAAUUACUAGCGAGUGCGUGUGCGCCCCGGACGAGGGGGAAUUAUCACCCGUCUCCAUGUUGUUACGUACCCAGAUGGCGGGUCUGGAAUUCUACGAUGCAGUGCUCAACAACGACCUGCAGCAGUUGAAGCGUCUGGUGGCCCAGCACAAGUUGGAUCUGAACGGAAAAUUUUUGGAAGUAAGACGUAAGAAUGACGCCGGGCUCUGCCCGAUCCACCUGGCUUCUUAUAGGGGUCACACCUAUAUGCUACAGUAUCUAAUUGAGGCCAAGUGUGAUGUCAAUCAUACGACUGGCACUCUGAGGCGUACCGCUCUGCACUUCGCCGUACAGAGUCAUAAGAUGGCAUGCAUGCUUCUUUUGAUAGGCGCCGGCGCUAAACUGGACGCCAAAGAUACGUUCGGAAACUCCCCUUGUCAUUAUGCUGCGGACGACGGCUACUGUCAGAUUCUGGAUGUGUUGAUCCGUCGUGGGGUGAACGUGAACAGCCAGGAUAUCACGUCCAAGACGCCUCUCAUGAAAGCCGUUAGAAACAAUAAAACAGAUGCCGUGCUUCGCUUGCUGAGGGCCAGCGCAGACCUUAAUAUCACGGACAGAAACUGUGAUAUGGCCCUGCACUACGCGGCCAGGAAUGGGUGCGUGGACAUCAGUGACAUCCUGCUCUCUGCUGGCAGCAUGAUUGACGUUCAGAACUACUGGGGACGAAGCCCCCUGAUGGAGGCGGUUUGCUACAACCACAAGGAAGUGGUGCAGCUCCUCCUGAGUGCUAGCUGCGAUGUGAACCGUAGAGAGUUCAAAACUGGGGACACUGCUUUGCACAUUGCCAUCAAGAGGAACUACACGCGUGUCGUGGAACUGCUCCUAGCCGCCGGAAGUCGUCAUGAUGUGUACAAUCACCAGGGCGAGACGGCCAUCCAUGAUGCUGUGGCUGGUAACAAAAUGGAUAUCGCCUGGCUGCUUCUCGUUUACAAUAUUGACCUGGACGUCCCGGUCAAAUAUUUUCCCAACGGAGUUUACAAAUCUGUAUUUAAACUCGCCGCUGAGCGCGGCCAUUACAAAAUGUGCCGAUUGUUAGCGACUAUCGGUUACGUGGACUAUUCUGCCAGGAUGUAUUUCUAUGCGGGAUACGUCCAGACUCGUCCAGGGGAGCAAGACGAAGCCCUCUUGUGGCUGAGGUGUGCUUUAAAGAAAGUGGUUCCUUUACAGCAGCUGUGCCGGAAAGUGAUACGACGCCAUGCAGGGCAUAAUCUGUGGGAGAAAGUCGAGUCUUUACCUGUCCCCAGGGCUCUCAAAGACUAUGUCCUCAUGAAAGACGUUCUGGAGCACAAGAAUGAGAGUGUGGUAUAGUCACCGCCUUCACACGGACUCUUCAAUCUUCUUCAACAGUUUUGAGAUAAGUCCACUUGUUAUUUUGAAAAGGGAUCAGCUUGAACGCUGGCAUCGUGAACGUUUUUGGACAAAGGACACACAUACAAAGAAAAGAUGUCGUAACUUGACAACAUUGAAACUGCACGUCAUCUUAAUGACCGAGCAAAUGUCUUUAUCACAGAUAUGAAAUCUGUGUUCCUCUUUGGAUUAUGUGUGACAUUAACUCCCAAAUGAUAUCCUGGGAUAGAAACUCUGCCGAAAUUCUGCUAAGAGUUUCUUCGUUACCUGACGAUCCAAUGUCCUUCAGUCGUGGUGUGAGACUUCACUAGACUGUUGUAUUGGAGGAGUGUACUCUAUUCAUCUACUUUCCCCUGAAGAGCACACAGUACUUUGUGUUUCUUAGCCGUUAGCGUGAUGUAUGUCAUGGACUUUCAAAGACCGAAGAUGUGAACCCAAGUCGCUAUGACAUAAAUCUCUGCCUUUGAAUCGCCCGCUCUGCAAGUGAACUGUACACAAAGUGCUUUCGUCCGCAGGUCAUUGUCGUCUCAUUUCGCAGUAACGGACGUAGUGCUAAUGAAACACAAAGAGAUGACUUUUCAUUGUGUAUCUAGAUGUAUUGAUUUCAUAAUUAUGUAACUAGCUCUAGACAUAGGACGUUUAUAAUUAUUUCAACAUUUGGCUGUAAGCUUAACCCUAAACUAUUGUCUUAUCGCCUUGAAGAGCAAGUUUAGAACAGUGCUCAGUGAUCACACACUUGAUGUUAUAUUGUCAUUAGAACCAAACAACAAUGUAAUAUAACAGUGUGUCAGGUCAGAAAAGCCAGAUAUCCAGAUAUCUAUAUCAUUAGGAAUAAAAAAUAAUAAUUGAAGCAUUAUCCACAAUUAUUCAUUAAGAAUCAUGCGGAUUAAGUGCUGUGAGUAAAAAACGUGAUCUGAAGAAUUAAAAAAAAAUCAAAAACUUAUCUCCUAGAAAAGAUACGCUAAUCGCUUGUCUUUAGUCUUUAAAAUAAAUUUAUCUAUAGUCCGGUAAUUGAAAGUUCAAGGAUGCAUAAAAUCAACAUGUGUGCCAACAUUACAUGGGGCGCACAACUAAAUCUAUACAGUUACGAGUAGACUAGAACUUACCGUUACCAACCAAUGCUGCUUGCUUGGUACACCUGACUUUCUCAUUUAAAAAAUAAUAAUUCGACUAGAUCUUCUAGUGAAGCUUUUUAUCACAGUUUUUUUCCUUCACUCUGUAAGCUUUAUUUUUCUGUUAAGAGUUAAUAACACUAUCGAUUACUAUGAAUAAAAGUAUUGCAACCGUCAGCGUAAGAGUCAAUAGACCUAUUUCAUUUAUUUCAAAUUAACAUUUUCUGAUGAAUGCCACACCCACAGACCUAUAUAUCGGUAGAUGUAAAUGUGUUCUUUGUUUAUUCUUAUAGAAAUAUGGACAACACAAACAUAUAGAGCAAUCAGUAACACACAAACACACUCCUCUCAAAGCAUGUAUUUUCUGAUAGUCUAAAGCAAUAGUCUAAAAUAUUGCUUGAAAUUGGCAUCAAAUUCAGAACUAGAUCUAAAUAUAGAAAGCAAAUAACUCUGGGAGAAGUAGAGAAAGUAACACAGAGAUGUAGGCUUAUCAGGCACAAUUUUAUUCAGUUUUUGAAAAGAAACACUUUAAAAAAAAGACUCUUUUUUAUUUCCUAAAAUAUGGCUUUCGACCAUUGAACAUGUUGUAUAUCCUAUUGUUGUUGUUAACUAUGUGGGUCUAGUCUUGGUAGCAGCUCUCAAUUGUUGUUCCUCUCUUCUCCAUCUAAAAAAAAGGGGUCAUUGGCCAUAACACGAGAACCUGUGCUAUUUCAAGUGAACACAGAAAAAAAUUAAUUAGUUCUAAUUGAACUCGUUAUCAUUGUAGACAACUCUUGAUUCCUCAAUGACUCCUUUCUUAUAAAAACUCAUUUGCUUGUAUUUACAAAAAUCUUCUUUUUUCUUAACACGAGAUAGCAAACACUCCUGCAACAGUUGAAUGAACCCUCGAGGGAUCCGGGGAACAUAAUAGUUUAGUCUUACGUAAAUGAAAUAGUUCGCUCUCAAAACGAUUCGAAUGUUGUAAUGAGACAUGUUUUAAAGAUGUUUCAGACAGUUGGAGAGGAUGUUUGAUACCAUGUUGCAUUUUAAUGACUUGAGUAGUUGAAAUGAAAAACGAAAGUGUACACUAGACCUAGGUCCUCAGUUGAAACACUUUUUUUUGUUAUUGUUUUUUGUUUUGUUUGUAUCCAACUUAGUACAUGACGAGAUUCUAUAAUUAGCUCUAGACUCUAUGUAUAAAUAUAUAUUUUUUUAAAUGUUCGAAUCUCAGCGUGUGAAUCAAGGGUUUGCUCGUUAACACGUGGCAGAUCAAAUGGUCAAAACAGUGUAGACUUAUCACUGUACAGAGUCUACCAGUAAUGAAAUGUUAAUUGGUUAUAUCGGCCUACUGUGUCACUUUUAUCACCCUUUUAAUGCAUUAAAGUUUAUAACACCUAGACCUGAUUAUAAAUAGAAGAAUACAAUUUCAACUUUUCUCAAGGGCCAGCGAUUGUGUCCAUCAAUAAUUAAAUUGGUUAUAAUAAAUUGGUUACCAUAUAGCCUAUAUGUGAGGUUUAAAAAAAUUAAAAUUGACACUUAAACAAAAUACUAUCCUUAAUCCAAAACAAGGCAGAAAGUGGAAUUAAGUUCUUGUACACUGUCUCGCCUAAACUCUUAAUUGUAUUUUAUAUACUCAUUGUUAUGCUGUUAUUGUUUUUAUGAACUUUAUAAAACAAAUUUUGGUCUACGCUGAGAUUCUUGUCUCCUUAUGGUAGUUUUUACCUCUAGGAAGUACAAUUUCCAAUACUCAUGAACUCAAAUGUGAAUGUUUUUGAAUGAAACUGUGAUUCUUCUGUUGGUUGUUAAAUUUGAACAAAAAAAAAAUGUAUUUGGUCAAUAAUGUUGAUGUUGAGUGUAUUCUUAUAUUUGUAGGAACAGACGAUGUUGUAGGCAUAUUAUAAGCUGAUUAAACAGUAGCAAGGGAAUGUGGGAAGAUGGUGUCUUCGCUAAAGCAUUUUCAGUAUUUACCUAUAGGUUCUAGAUAUGUUGGUUAAUCUUUUUUAACCUACAUUUAAAACGAGUCUGGGAAAAAGAAGUGUAACUAUUUUCUUGAACAAAUACUCCAUUCAUGUUCCAUUUUUAAACUAUCACAAAAAAAAAUAUUACCUCUAACCACAGACCUCCAUUCAUGUUCCAUUUUUAAACUAUCAUACAUGAAGAUAUUACCUCUAACCACAGACGUAUAUAUAGUGAGUGGUCAUAACAUUAAGAAACACAGUGUAAGUGGUUUGAAUUUGUUUGAAUAAUUUUAUAUUAGAGCAUGACCAACGCGUAAGAUAAUUCAACAGAAAAUACACGUAUGGUCUAAUAAUAAUAAAAUCAAAGGUGGCGAAUACAGUUGUAAGGGUAGAGCCCAGUAACCAGAGAAUAAAACUAUUUAUUAAAUAGAUCGAGUUAAAAUGUUUACGUAUAUGUAGCAUGUAUACAACUGCAUAUUUUUUUUUGUAAAUAGAAAGAUGUAGAGAUAGACUAUAAAUAACCAAUGAGGUCGUAAACAUGUUCUCCAUUAAACGUUUAGUAUUCACUUUAUUACUUAGUUUUGUAUAAUCAGGCGUGAAUCCAGGUGUUAUAAAAGAGGAGUCCAUGGGAUCCUUCCCACUCAGUGUGAUGCCGAAUUAUAUAUAUUUUUUUGUUCAAAUCAAUUGCUUUUAGGGAAAAGGGUUAGGCAGGUAAGUUCAAAGGGCCCUCGUGUUUUCUCCCUUUAAAAUUUAAGGCAUCCCUACCACUGUUUCUACGUAGUCGUAAGUUAUGUAGCCUACUUUUUUUUUUACAAUACCUCUAUUCAAGUUUCUCUUGCACGGAGGAACCUAGGUGGACGCAGGACGCUGAUCUCGAAUAUUGCUCUGACGAAUUCCCUAUAAAUUUUGUAGGUGAUGUAUAUCUCUGAGAAAAGAAUUACUAGCUCGUUGGCCACACGGGGAAAACUCUAGUUUGUCCGUUAUAAUUUUUCAAAGUAAAAAUACAUUUAUGUAAUAUCGGUUUUGAAAGGACUAUCGCGUUCGGGAAUUUGCGAAUGUAAGGCAUUAUUGAUUCAAUUAAUGUUCAGGAAAAUUUUAAGUCUAGAUUAAAAGGCCUAGAUCUAUAGGUCUAUCAUUGGAAUUAUUCAAUAAUAAAAGAAAAACAACAGUUGUUUAUUAAAUUUUAAGUAGCUGUAAGUUUAUUGAUAGUAUAAGCUUUGCUUAUAUUUUUACUUAGGCCUAAAUCUAAUAUAGAUUACGUCAGUAUUCUAGAUCUAGAAGAAGAUCUAGGCCUAUAUCUAGACUAGAUCUUGAGUUUUAAUGAACGUACCAAUAAACAAUAGAUAUCUUAAACAAUGGUUGAAUCGUUCGAUCAAGAAGCUGUCAUCACGACUUUGAAACCCAAAUUGAGAUAAUGGAGGUAGACCUAUUGUCUUCUUUUUUUUUUUAAAUUAAUUUUUAAAAUGUUUUUCUUUUUUAAAAUUCCGAAUGAGGAUGUAAAGAAACAUUUGCCUAAGAAGGAUAUCAAAUAAAGUUAUCAUACUUAAACAAACAUUUAAAAAAUAACAACUCUAAAAUAUUUCUAUAAUAGCUACAUAUAAAAGUAGGUUAAUGCUUCUGAUAUUAAAAAAAAAACAACUUGUUACUAUAGAUAUGUCCUAUUAUACAUAAUAUAAGAAUAUAUUUAUAAAAAGAAGAUGUUAAUAGACGAAAGCGCCUUUUAAAAGACUUCUUGGUACCGGUAACGCCAAUGGGUUCUAAAUCUAGACAUUGCUAGAUUCAGUCAGUGGACCCACAUUUCCUUACUUCCAAUACUCACGCAGACAAUUGUGUGCUAUUUCUGGUCUAUGACGUCAUUACGCCUUUUGCAAGAUAUGCAUCAAUAAAAUACGGGUCAUUUUGUCACUGACAUACAAAAGAAUACAACAAUCGUCAACUCUUUCUGUAAAUGUUUUAGCGCCAACAUGAAAAAAAAAAAGAAUGUUUAAUAUUAUCGAGUGAUUUAGUAGUUUUUGUGAAUAAGUAAAACUACAGUUUCUUCACUAUAGGUUUCCAUUUACUUUUUAUAAUCAGUCCUAAUUAAUAUAGAUCCUAUCAGGUUUUUGUUUCUGUGAUUGUUUGAUUUAAUUAUAAGGCGAUUUUCAUAUUGGUCACCUAUAGGCCUACCAAAUAAUAAUAGGCCUACUGCGUGUCUCUAUUGUUGUAUUUAUAAGCUACCCAAAGUUUGGUCGUUAAAGUUCUUCCUCGCCUCUCCGCCAUCCUCAGAUAUUUGCAGGAAACAUGCUUUUUAAGUGGGACACGACCUAUUCUCAGAUAAGUCAGAUUUCUUCCCACAUUCCAUUUGAUACAAUUAAAAUUUUGGCAUAUUCAACUAGUAGAUGUAGUAGACCUACUUAGAACAUUUGGCACAUUAAACUAGCAGAUCUAGUAGACCUACUUAAAAAAUCUGGCCAAUAAUUGCUGGAAUACGCAGGCUACUUUCUCUGUAUUUGAAAUCUGAUUUUUUCUACUUCUUUAGUAUAUGCCCACUUGCGCAACAGUUGUGUGGUAAAUGCUGGACAGUGGCGGAAGCACCCAGCAUUCACUUUGGAAUGUACCCGACCUUUAAAAAAAAAAGAUGUAUAGGCCUACUGCAUCAUACAUGAUCUUUAAUAAAGUAUACAUAAAUAGGCCUACUCGUAGGACGUAAUUAUUAUUAUUAUUUGGAAAAUUACAAAUCUGUAAAAGCUGUGAAUGUUGGUUAAUUGUGGGUCCUAUAAUAUAUAAAACAUUUUUAGUUUUUGUUUUUACUUAGCUGUAGAUUAAAAAAAAAACAACAACCUGUGAGACAAUAAAUCUAGAAUGAGGCCACAUACUGUGAACUUACUGGUUGUGAGCACAUUUUUAAUGGUCCAAUUAUUACUGUAAAAUUUGUUCAAUAGAUCUUCUUAUAAAGUUUGAGGUGCAACUGGUUCAAGUCAUAUACAUAGUUGUUUUUUUUUCCCUAAAGGGUUAUUUUAGAGUCAGUAUCUUGUUAUUUUGAUUAGAUCUAAAUAUAAAGAAUUGUAAAUAAUUUUUUGACGAACACAUCAACAUAAAAUAACAUACUAUUUGGUUGUAUACAUAGGCUAUCUUGUGUACUCUAUACAGUCAUAGGGGCUUUGUCAUUGUUAAUGUGCAAAUAGUUAUUAUUUAUUACUAUCAUUAUUUACAGUUAAUUUGUUAUUUCUUUGUUUAUGGCAUUGUAUACAUACAUACCUACAUAAUUUCCCCUUGAACUAGAUAGUAGCCCGAGUGUACCUUACGUUUGAGUUUAAUCUGAAGGUAGUCAUAAAGAAUGUGUACUUCAGGUUUUUUAUGCUACGCAAGUAUAUAGAAAGUUGUACUCAUGUGUGAGAACUGUCCUAAAGCAUAUAAUUUUGUUGUUUGACUGCCAUUUAUUUUUCGCAGCGCCAUUGACCUUGAAAUAAGCAGUUUCCUUUAUAUCCAUAUCAUGUUAGGAACUGGUUUUCCAUCUAUGAACAAGUCGGGUACAAAAUGUAUUUGCUCAUAAACAAUGUUAACAUUUUAAUAUAUAUAUAUAUAUAUAAAAAGUGAAAAAAAUAUAUAAUG